CUUAGCGCCCAGUUCUCACUCAGGUGGAGCUGGAGGAGUUGUGAUAGGCCCUUGGACAACAGAGUUGGCAAGGCAGGCUUGAGGGGUUGGGGGUCCAGUGCCAGUGCUUGGUGGCUGCUGAUCAUCCAGUUGACCUACUGUUUGCCUUGGCCCUGUCUUCCCAUCCAGUAUGAGAGGACAUGAGUUAGGUUCUCAGAACAGUGGCUUGUGGCACCCAGUGAGUCACAACUACACCUUGGGUGGGGCUAUAGCAAGUGGAUGAGGCUGAGUGUGGCUACAGCAGGAGCAGCUGCAGCUGAGGGUUGAGUGGCUGGUAGAAGGUACUGAGAUGGGCAGGAAGUGAGGUGAGGAGCUCACUGAGGACCCACAAAGACCUUCCUGGCUGCCCCAGACAGGGCCAAGGAGGAGCUGUGCUGUGACCUUGGUAAGUUCUCGCUCCAUCCUCCAGCAGGGGCAGGUUCCCAAGCCCCUUGGCACUCUUGGGACCUGGCUGUGUCCAGGUUAGUUGUCUUCCCCCACUUCCAUAAAAAAAAAAAAACCCUACUCUUCUAGUCUAGAUGGACUCACCCUGACCUCCAGACUCCCCGCCUUUCUAACUCCUGCAAAGUUUAGGCACGCCCCCAACCCUCAAUUCCGCCAAGCCUGAUCCUCGGAAGAGUAUAGGCCUUUUGUGGAGGCAGGAAAUAGUGGAUGGGGCCACUCAGUGUCCUGCCUGCUGAUCCCUCCACUCUAGCUGCUCAGAGGCUGGGCUGUGUAGUGAGUGGCUGAUGGGCAUCACUGUAGACAAGGGGGCUGCACCUUAGUAGAGGGCCAUAAAUGAGGUCUGUGGGUUGUGGAUCACAGCCCCAGGGGUGUGACUUCAGGGACUUCCCCAGACCUUGGUUUAGAGUGCAGUGACCAAAACUUUGGUGAGGUCACAGCUGUCCAGGCCAUACUUCUCCAUCUCCACAGCUUUUGACUCCCUGUUCAGGGGUAUGCAGAGCUUUAGGCACUCAGCAAGGUAGCACCCUCUGCAAGGGCAGGCCUGCAAGGCCUGGGGUUUCCGGUGUGCUGAGUCACAGCCAUGGGGAGCCGCCCACGGGUUGGGGGGUGCUGCCUGAUCUCUCAACCACCCCUUCAUGCCCCUCUCUUCUGCCCCUAGAGGCCUGCUUCACAGGAUGGGGCCAUCAGUGUCUGUAUCCCUGCCAGCCCUCUGGGUCCUAGGGUGUUUCUCCCUUCUCCUUUGGCUGUGGGCAUUGUGCACAGCCUGCCACAGGAAGCAGGUGCAGAGCCACCAGGCAAAACUACAGAACACUUUGAUGCUGGCAGAAGUGUCACCCCUGAGGCAGACCCACCUCUGCUCCCUCAGCAAGUCCGACCCUGGGCUACAUGAGCUGCACUGUGGUACCCAUGGCAGCAAAGCCCCAAGGCCUGCCAGCAUGGAUCUUCUACACCCACACUGGCUAGAAGUUUCCAGAAACAGCCCUAGGCCACAGGCAGCCCCCUCUGCUUUCCCACCUCAGCAGCUGCCUGGGGCCCUUUGUGCUACUGCCCUCACACUGUCCAUUGGUCCUAAGGCCACCUAUUCCAAUGUGGGGCUGCCUGCCAUCUCCAGAGCUAGCCUGGCUGCUAGUCCUGUGGUAGGGACACGGCUGACCACCAGCCGUCACAGGCCAGGGCCUUGGGCCAGACCUGUAUUGGCUGAGUAUGCUUCCAUCCAGAAGUUCAAAGGGACAGAUCUAGGCCCCCAAGAACUGCAGCAGAGGAAGGCUAAGAUGAUGCCAGAUGCUCAGGUGGAUAUCCUGUACUCCAGGGUCUGCAAGCCUAAAAUCAAGCACUUGGGACCCACCACAGACCACCAGGACCACAAGGGUACAGGAGCAAUUCUGGACCUGGAAAAUGACUUGGCCUAUGAGCCUCUUCCUCUUAGGGGCCUGGUCAUGGACAGCAACCCCCUGGAAAAUGUGUAUGAGAGCAUCCGGGAUGUGUGUACCUCUGAAGGUCCAUAGCCCCCCAUUCUGCCUAUUAGCAUAACUGGACAGACAUAGAGCACCAAGUCCCCUAAAGAAGGUUUGAAGACCUGUCUUGUCCUUAGUACCUGGAUUCCUUCCUCCAACCUGAGCCCCCAGCCCCAGGCUCAGCCACUGCCACUGCGAGUGCCCUUUCUUCCCCUAAACCUGUGUCCUAAUAAAUCCCAGUCACCAGAUAACGGA